AUGGCUUUCCAUUCAGUCGAGUCCGCCGGCACAUUCGCUCAACGCGAGUGUCGACCGCGAGACCCCGGACAUGCUCAGAGAGAAGAGAGCGGAGAUCUGUACCGCGGCGCUUGUGACAGUGGAUCCGGUCUCGGAUCUGUUUCGCAAACAAUUCUCUUCGUGGGGGAAGACGAUUCGAGUGACGGCGUACAUCAAAAGAUGGCUGUCUCGCGCGCGGGACAAACAAAAACAGGUCUCACGAUCUCCUCGCAGGAAUUCGCGGACGCGGAGUCGUCUCUUCUGAGACACAUCCAAUUAAGCCAUUUCCGGGCAGAAUUGGAGUCGGGUGGGAUGUCAGCAGCGAAAUCGAACGCGCUCACCAAUCUCGCACCGUUCGUCGACGAAGACGGUUCUUUAAAAUGUCGCACUCGUUUGGAGAAAGCGACGCACAUCGACUACCAAGUCAAGUUCCCGAUCCUCUUGCCAGGAAAUGACUUCCUAUUACAAUUACUGGUCAGGCACAUUCACGAAGGAGUGGACCAUGCGGGUCCUCUCUACAUAAAGACAACAGAUGGCUCGAAGAUAAAGGCGUAUAUCCUCCUGUUCACCUGCGCGGUGACUCGAGCUCUAAGAUUGGAACUGGUGGCGGACCUCAGCUCGUACGAGUUUCUUUUAGCGCUACGUCGCUUCAUAAGCCGCAACCCAUCGGUCUCCCGGCUCGUGUCGGAUAACGCGCGCACCUUCCUCCGGGCCGAAAAGGAGCUUGAUGCAAUUUUCGAGCAUCGUAAGCACCCGGCCACCCAGGAUCUCUUGUCCAGGAAAAAGUUGGUGUGGACCCACUCCACGGAAAAGGCCCCCUGGACCGGAGCCUUUUGGGAACGACUAGUUCAGGUGGUCAAAAGACCCCUGCGCAAAAUUCUGGGAUCGCGCUGCUUAUCACUCAGAGAACUGGGAACCGUACUGAUGGAAAUUGAGAAAAUGGUCAAUGAUCGACCUAUUUCGGCGGUCGUUGUCGACCCUAGCGAACCGCGAGCACUGUCUCCGUCGGACCUGUUGUACGGGUAUGCCUCUCAGCCGGCUCUACCGGACAUGAAGCGGGUAGCAGACACAGUGCGGUCGGCGAACGCGAUAGUGUUCUCAGAGCGCUGGAAAAAUCAGCAGGCAGCUCUGCGCGGCUUCUGGAAACAAUUCCACAAUGACUACCUCCAGUAUCUCAGGUCCGCGCACUACCGGAAAAAUGAGGACAGCCGGCCUAUUCAGCCGGGCGACGUAUGUCUGCUGCACUCAGCCGACGCCUCCCGUGCUUUCUGGCCGCUCUGCGUAGUCCAGGAGGUUUUCGGCGGGCAGGGUACCGACGGUCGUCGGAGGUCUUGUUUAGUCAAAACAGCAUCAGGCCAAGUCUUCAGACGUCCCAUACAAUUAUUGUACCCUCUCGAGGUUCGACAGUUCUAG